AUGAAAUGGCAAAAUUUAAAUGCAAAGAAUGCACGUGGAACUGUUAGACUUGUGAGAAAUGGAGUUUUCUCACACACCUAUUCAUCUGGAAUAGUUCAAAUCUAUUACAGUGCAAGUUCUUCCAGUAUACUCAGUUGGGGCAAUAUUUGUGACGAUACUUCAUUUGGUGAUAAUGAAGCUAAUGUCAUUUGUAACCAGUUGGCGUAUAAUGGAGCAUCAGUCUAUGGUAGAGCUGGUAGCACAUCAAGUUUUGGAAUUGACUACAAUGCUACUAUUCUUGAUGAUGUUAGUUGCUCUAGUAGUAGCUUUCUAACUCUAGAGCAGUGUUCUCUUACUACAAUUAUUUCAAUCACUUGCUCUCUUAAUUCAAAUGAUGCUUUUGUAACUUGCUAUACUAUUAGAAUCUGGAAUAAUCCUUAUCCUGGACAGAUUCGUCUACAAGGAAGUAUCUACACAAGUUAUGGUAGACUGGAAGUAUAUUGUAAUGGACAGUGGGGUACAGUAUGUGAUGAUACUUUUGGUGCAGCUGAUGCUAAAGUUGUUUGUCGUCAAUUAGGAUACAGUCAUUAUGUACUAGCUCAUUCUGGAACCUUAUUAGCUGGGUCUAGCUUUCAACCAAUUUGGCUGGACAGGGUUUUUUGUAGCAGUUCAUACAGUUGUCUUGCUUCUUGUGAAUCUUGUCCCUCUUCACAAUAUCAUAACUGUUUUCAUAGUGAAGAUGUUGCAAUUGCAUGUGAAUUUGACAGCACUGAAACAGCUUCAAGUAAUACACUAAAUACCUGCCAAUAUUCUAGCACUACAGGUACAACUCCCACCACUCCCACAACUGCCACCACUGAUACCACCACUGCCACCACUGAUGCCUCCACUUGUGCUACUACUAAUAUCUCCCCUGAUAUUGUAGGAAUAAUUGUUGGAGUAGUGGCAGUUGUUGGAACUACAGUUACAUGUAUAUAA